AUGGAGGCGGCCUUUACUGAGAAAGACUCUUAUGCUCAGCAUUUUGUCCCAAAAGAUUACUUGGAGAUGUAUUAUUCCUUUCAUCCUGAGGAAGAAGACAAAAAUUUCCUUCUAACAUUUUGUCUGAAAUCUCUCCACAAGACGUUCCUUUUGGGUGGCCUUAAAGGAGACACCCUGAUCGACAUUGGCAGCGGCCCCACCAUCCACCAGUUCCUCUCGGCCUGCGAGUGCUUCCGAGAGAUCAUCGCCACCGAUUAUACCGACCAGAACCGGGAGGAGAUGCAGCGGUGGCUGAAGAAAGAGCCGGGAGCUUUCGACUGGAGCCCGGUGGUGAAAUAUGUCUGCGAGCUGGAGGGGGACAGGGAAAAAUGGGCCCAAAAGGAGGAGAAGGUCCGAAGAACCAUCAAGCAAGUCCUGAAGUGUGACGUGACGGGGCUCAACCCUUUGGCCCCACUUUCCCUCCCUCCGGCAGACUGCCUGCUCUCCACCUUGUGCCUUGAAGGGGCUUGCAAAGACCUGCCCUCCUUCCGCGCUGCCUUGAAGAACAUCAGCUCCCUCGUAAAACCCGGAGGGCAUUUAGUCUUAUUCACCAUCCUGGAAGAAACUUUCUACAUGGUUGGCCAGCGCCAGUUCUCUUGCCUCUACUUGGAUCAGAAAUCUGUAGAGGAAGCAGUGAAAGAGGCUGGCUUUGAUAUUAAGUGGCUGGAAGCGAACACGUUUGGCUGUCCAGAGACUUUGUAUGAUGCUAAGGGGUUGUGUGUGCUGGUUGCCCGGAAACACUGA